AUGGCUACCAGAGUCCAGGUCGAGACGUCGACCAUGUCAUUCACGAAACCAAGGCCCAUCGUCGCUGUCGAGGAAGUCCGUGGUCAUGAGGAGCCGAGUAUUCUGGUGCUGUAUGAACGAAAUCAAGAGCAGAUUGUUGCAGAAAUAGCCGGCGUGUUGGGCCAACAGUGGCGUCUGGUCAGUCCUGGAGACAAUGAGCCUUGCCCCGUUGAGGGUACUGUCAUUGGUGUCUCCGAUGCCCACGACCUCUCCCAAGUUCAGAGAUGGCGUGGCUCUAGCACCAUCUUGGCCACCCACUGCCUAGACGACCGCAAUCCUGCCGUUGGCUCUCGAUCGUCCAUCUGCGACUACGAAUACCUGUACACGACAAAACCCUUCUUGAGGAGAGACCUGGCUAGAUUUCUCUCCUUCAUCCUAGGUCAGAUCAACCCUCAUAAGGACCUUGCGAAGAAAGCAAAGACGACUUUAAUCUCUACUACCUUCCCCGACGUCCACGCCGCCCUACCGAAUCUCGACAUUCUCUCUGUCGGUGCCGACGCCAUAGAGAUCCGUGUCGACUUAUUGAAAGAGACCAAGUCCGAUGGCUCUGUCAGCGACAUACCAAGCUUGCAGUACGUGGGCGAGCAAUUGAUGACCCUGCGUCAGCGAACAGAAUUACCUAUAAUAUUCACAACUCGCUGUACGAAGGAGAAUGGACGUUUCCCCAUGGACGACCCCAACUUGUUCUAUGACUACUUGUAUCGCGCCGUCCAGUGGGGCUGUGAGUACAUCGAUGUCGAACUCUGGCUUCCUGAAGACAUUAGACGCAAGCUAGCCUCUCAGAAGGGUAAUAGCAAAAUCAUAUCGGCCUUCCACGACUUCUCUGGUAAUUUCAAAUGGACUUCGCCCGACGCUCAGAGAUUGUUUGAACAAGGUGCAGUGUAUGGAGACGUGGUCAAGAUGAUUGCUCUGGUCAGCACCAUGCAGGAGAACUAUGAAUUGGAAUACUUCCGCUCCAUUAUUCAAAGCACUUACCCCUACCCGCCCUUCUCUGGUCUCAACAUGGGUCCCAUGGGCCAGCUGUCUAGAGCGCUGAACAAGAUCUUCACGCCAAUCACACAUCCGCUGUUGCCCAUCAUCGCCGCACCAGGACAACUCAGCGCUGCUGAAAUUAAUUCUGCCCUCCAUUCUAUGGGCCAGAUGCCGAAACUUGACAUGUACUGUUUUGGUAGCAUGAGGGCCACUGGCCAGGCCAUGUUCUUCGAAAAGUGCAUCAACGAACUGAGCCUACCGCACCAACUUGUCUGCGUGGAACAAAGUACCCAGGACGGACUCGCUACAGUGGUCAAGGUACCGCAUUUUGGAGGUGCUUUCAUCAACCCGCCCAUCGCCGCAUCAGCUCCUUGCCUACCUUCAAUAUCUGACGCAGCUGCUUCAAUUGGCCAGAUUGACACAGUGGUAGCUUCUUCAGAUGGUACCAAAUCGAGUCUUGUAGGCGACAACGCCACAUGGAAAGGAAUACGAGCUACCCUUUGCAGAGAUUUUGUUCCCUCAGCGUAUAGUGGACAGGCUGCCUUACUGCUCGCGAGUCAAGAGUCACAAGCAGCAGCGGCGAUAUUUGCUCUCCGCAGUCUCAAUAUCGGACCCAUCUAUACUAUUGGCUUCAAGGUCCAAGGGCCGCUCUCUGGGUUUGUCACGCCUUUCAGAGGACUGGAAGACGUCAAGAAAGUUGAGCAGCCAUCUGUCAUCAUCUCAGCACUCCGAGCAGACAAGUCACUCUUGGUAUCGCCUUUACUGAAACACUACGGAAGCCACAAACAAGAGCAGCGAAGAGCAGCAAAGGUCUUCCUUGACCUGAGCAACGGACCUCGAAAAGGAGAUCCAGUCGCGCUCGCGCAAACACAAGGCUGGGCUGCAUAUGGUAUUGCUGAUGUCAAUGCGUGGACUACAGUCGAGACUUUGAGGCUUCUGGUGGGACAGAACGUCCCCUAUGAUUUUGUGCGGCUUGCAGCUGGGCGAAGCAUCUACUGA